AUGCCCGCCGCUCUCACGCUGACAGAGACGUUGGCGCCAUCGUCGGAGCGUGUCGUCGUCGGCACGCCAUGCAGCUCGCCGAGGCGGAGCACGACGACGAUCCGUCGCAAGGCGCCUCCCAAGCUCACGCCCGACCUGCUCGAGGCGCUACCACCCAUGCCCCCCACGCCUUCCAUGCCACACAGCCCGCACCUUGCCGCCGAACAGGCUCGUUCGGCCUUCCUGACUCCUCCCGUGGCGGCCGAGGCGGAAGCGACGACGAGGACACUGCGGCGAAGCGCGAGCUCGGGCGAACCGCAGCUGGCGCCGAUGCUGGAGCGUGGCGACGUCGUCGGCCCGGCGAGCAUGACGCCGCUGAGAAGGCAGUUUGUCCUCGACAUCGACGAGGCGGCCGUCGAGGCCAGGCGGAGCGAACAUCCAGACACGACGAUCCGCAGCCUCGUCGAUGCGGAAAGGGCGGCAAAGUCGCAGCAACAGCCCCCCAGUCGACGCGGCCAUCUGCGCUGGUUCUCGAGCCAGGACCGGAGCCGGAGCCGGAGUCGGGACGAGGAACGCGAUGGCAAGACCCCCUCCACCGCCGCCGCCACCACCACAAUUGCGGCUGAGAGCGGCGGGAGCGCAUCCAAGAAGCCAGCGGGGAAGGGACUGCUGCGAAGCCUGUCGUUUUUCCGCCGCUCCCCAUCGUCCUCACGGACACCCUCCGACGCCAGUACGUCGGUCCCUGCAUCGUUUUCUUCCUUGUCAUUGUCGUCGUCGACGUCGUCGUCGUCGUCACGCUCGCGCAGGCCCGGGUUCCUGAAGCGGCGCGCGUCGAAGCGCGGGCCCAUCUCGCCGCCCAAGUCGGUCGUCCAUCUGCAGGGCGGCAGCCCAAUCAUGGCCCUCCGGUCCAUUGAGCCGGAAGCAAGCCCAGCGAGGAGCGGCACGGCGACGUCGACGCCGCUUCCUCUCAUCUGUGAGCCCGCGCAUGGUCCGCCCAUCGACCUCAAAAAGGAGGAGACCAUGAACAUGGCCCCGUCACAUGCUGGCGUCUGCGGUGCUGAGGGUGGCAGCGACAAAAGCCUCGGUCUUUUGCACGACGAGAUCCAAGCGCCGCUCAGUUCGGAGGCCAUGUCGUCGGCGUCACGCAGCGAUGACAGCAGCAGCAUCAGCAGCAGGCCGCCCACGCCCUCGAGCCGGCCGGCGCGCUCGCAGCACCGUCAGUCUGCGUCGCCGCCGCCCAAGGCGAUCCCCCGGCUCGACCGGGUCGAGGAGGCGAUCCAGGAAGCCCUCUACGCUUCGGCCGUCGAGGCCGAUACGCCCAAGCGGGAAAACGCAUUUCCCGACGAUCUCGGCGAGUCGUGCGACAUCCUCGAGCCGGUGCUGGUCCAAGACCCAUCGGGGCCGCAGCGGCCACGUUCGCACAUGUCGUGCCUGAUCUCCGAUCCGCCUCUCGUCGUCUUUGGCACGGCUCCGGAUCAGAUGCAGGUGCAGGAACAGGUGCAGGUGCAAGAACAAGCCAAGCCGCCGCCGCCAACGACGGCAUCGACAAAGACGUCGCCGUCGCUACCGACGCUGCGCGAGUUUGAGCGCCAGCUCAAGCGCACCCUCUCGUCGGCCGCCACGCACCACCCCUUCCUCUUGCGGCAGCGCACGUUUCGACGCGCCUCGGACGACGACGGCGGCGCCAGCAGCGGGUCGUCCGAGACCGGUCUGCCUUGCUCGCUCGUCUCGACGGCGAGCGAGGCCGACGACGAACGCAAACGCGGAGAAGAGAGCGGCAAUAGCAGCAGCAGCAGCAGCAGCAGCAGCAGCAGCAGCGACGAGGCGCCGUCUCUGUGCGACGUCGAACCGUGGACUGGUCCCAACGGCCCUCCGAUCGUCGUCGGCGGCGAUGGUGGCGGAGAUGCCGUGACCCAGCGGCCGCAGCUGGUGGCUUGA